CUCCCCUCGUUGUAUAUAUACAAACCCCUCUCCCCACCUCCACCAAUCCACAUGCCUUCGAAGAUUCGCAUCCUCCUCUUUCUUAUUCCCAUUCCUCUUACCAAGAGACGCCAUUCGUAGGAGCACGAAGAGCGUGUGGAACCCUAGCGCUUCUCUCCGAGAUCCGAUCCUUUUUCGCUCGGAAUCGCGCUCGAAUCCGCCGCAAACACGGAAGCCUCGGCGUUCGUUCAUGUUCUCCGAUCGACCCCCCGUAGAGGGGGGCCACUGCUACGUUAAGAUGCCGUCGGAGCCGCCGCCACCCGCGGCGGCGGCGGCUGCGGCGGCGGCGGCGGAGAGGAUCUUCGACGAGCUUCCGAAGGCCACCAUUGUCGCGGUGUCGCGGCCCGAGGCGAGCGAUAUCACGCCCAUGCUCCUCUCCUACACCAUCGAGUUCGAGUACAAGCAGUUUAAGUGGUGUUUAGUGAAGAAAGCUUCACAAGUGUUCUAUCUACAUUUUCAAUUGAAGAAACGUGCACUUCUCGAGGAAUUUCAUGAGAAGCAAGAGCAGGUGAAAGAAUGGCUUCAAAAUCUUGGGCUUGGUGAGCAUACAGCGGUAGUUCAUGAUGAUGACGAGGCGAACGUGGAGCCUGUUAUUUUGCAACAGGAUGAAAACUCUGUUAGAAAGAGAAAUGUUCCUUCUAGUGCUGCAUUGCCUGUCAUCAAGCAAGCACUCGCAAGGCAGCAAUCAGUUUCUGACAGGGCAAGGAAUGCUAUGCAAGGCUAUUUAGAUCACUUUCUGGGGAACUUGGAUAUUGUAAACUCUCGGGAGGUCUGCAAGUUCUUGGAGGUCUCACGGCUAUCCUUUUUACCGGAGUAUGGACCUAAGCUAAAAGAAGAUUAUGUUACAGUGAGGCAUUUGCGAAAUAUUCGCCAUGAUGAUGAUGAUGAUGAUGAUGAUGAUGAAAGAUGUUGCUCAUGUGGUUGGUUUAGCUGUUGCCACAGCAGCUGGCGAAAGGUUUGGGCUGUAUUGAAGCCGGGGUUCUUGGCUUUACUGCAUGAUCCUUACGAUACCAAGCUUUUAGAUAUAAUUGUUUUUGAUGCACUGCCACCAUCAAAUGGAAAGGAGGAAACUCGUACUCUCCUAGCAAAAGAAAUCAAGCAACGCAAUCCUCUGCGCUAUGGGUUCCAGGUAACUUGUGGGAGCCGGACAAUAAAAUUAAGGUCGACAUGCAACGACAAAGUUAAAGAUUGGGUCACUGCAAUAAAUGAUGCAGCCUUACGGCGUCCAGAGGGCUGGUGUUACCCUCACCGUUUCAGCUCUUUUGCACCACCUCGUGGUUUGACCGAAGAUGGAAGUAUGGUUCAGUGGUUCAUUGACGGGGAAGCUGCAUUUGAAGCAAUUGCUUCUGCAAUUGAGGAAGCCAAAUCUGAGAUAUUCAUCACUGGUUGGUGGUUAUGCCCGGAAUUGUAUCUCCGACGCCCUUUUGAUGCGCACAGCUCCUCUAGGCUUGAUGCUCUGUUGGAGGCAAGAGCUAAGCAGGGUGUACAGAUUUACGUCCUUCUUUACAAGGAGGUUGCCAUCGCGUUGAAAAUUAACAGUGCAUACAGUAAGAGUAGGCUACUUGGCAUUCAUGACAAUGUGAAAGUCCUUCGUUAUCCAGAUCAUUUCUCAACAGGCGUAUAUCUAUGGUCCCACCAUGAAAAGAUUGUGAUUGUUGAUAACCAAGUAUGCUUUAUUGGAGGACUUGAUUUGUGUUUUGGUCGUUAUGACAACCCGGAACACAAAGUCGGGGACUUACCUCCCCUGAUUUGGCCCGGAAAGGAUUACUACAACCCUAGGGAAUCCGAGCCAAAUUCUUGGGAAGAUACGAUGAAAGAUGAGCUGGAUCGUGCAAAAUAUCCUCGCAUGCCCUGGCAUGACGUCCACUGCGCUUUGUGGGGACCGCCUUGUUGUGAUGCAGCAAGGCAUUUUGUUCAGCGCUGGAAUUAUGCAAAGAGAAUUAAAGCCCUAAACCAACAAGCAAUUCCUUUAUUGAUGCCUCAUCAGCACAUGGUUAUUCCGCACUACAUGGGUAGAAGUGAAGAAAUGAAUGGACAAAAAGAGCAACAAACUGUUGUUGACGAGAAAGAUAUCAAAAAAUUCAAUUCCUUUUGCUCCCGCUCUUUGUGCCAAGACAUUCCGUUGCUAUUGCCUCAAGAGCCAGAUAAAAUGAAACUGGCCAGAGGAAAUGUAGAGCCUUUAUCUUUUCGAAAAGUAAAAGUUGAGCACUCAGCUCCUGCUUUGCAGUUAAAAGCUUUUGUGGAUGAUCCUGGUUUGCCACAGCUUUCGAGGGAAGCACUUUUUGAUGUGACCUCAAAACCAAGUAUGCAGAAAGCAAAUAAGGACUGGUGGGAGGCACAACAGCGAAGCAGUCGUAUCUCUAUUGACGAAAUUGGACAAGUUGGUCCAAGGACACCAUGUCAUUGUCAGGUCAUUAGGAGUGUUGGUCAAUGGUCAGCUGGAACUAGUCAAACUGAACAGAGCAUUCACAAUGCCUAUACAUCCUUGAUCGAGAGAUCAGAGUAUUUUGUAUAUAUUGAGAAUCAAUUUUUCAUAUCGGGUCUUUCAGGGGAUGAUACAAUAAAAAACCGUGUUUUAGAAGCACUACACAAGCGCAUUUUGCGAGCAGAAAAAGAAAAGAAGUGCUUCAGGAUCAUAAUAGUGAUACCCCUUUUACCUGGAUUUCAGGGAGGUAUUGAUGAUGGCGGUGCUGCAUCUGUGAGGGCAAUAAUGCACUGGCAAUACCGAACCAUUUCUAGGGGGCCGAAUUCUAUAAUGCAGAAUCUUUAUGAGAGAGUGGGCCCUAGAGCGCAUGAUUAUAUAUCCUUUUAUGGACUCAGAACAUAUGGUAGACUUUGUGAUGGAGGUCCUUUGGUUACCAAUCAGGUAUAUGUUCACAGCAAGUUGAUGAUAAUUGAUGAUCGUAUAACAUUGAUGGGAUCAGCAAAUAUAAAUGACAGAAGCUUGCUUGGAUCAAGGGACUCUGAGAUUGGUGUAGUUAUUGAGGACAAAGAGUUUGUCUCCUCGCAUAUGAAUGGAAAGCCUUGGAAAGCUGGAAGGUUUUCUCUUACCCUUCGGCUUUCUCUGUGGUCUGAGCACUUAGGUCUUCAACCAGGAGAGAUUAAUCGGAUCAUCGAUCCUAUUCAAGAUGCAACGUACAAGGACAUUUGGAUGACUGCGGCUAAGAUGAAUACCGCAAUCUAUCAGGAAGUAUUUUCCUGUGUACCCAAUGAUCUUACCCAUUCCAGACAUGCCUUUCGACAAAGUGCUGCCCUUUUGAAAGAAAAAGUCGGCCACACGACCAUCGACUUAGGGAUUGCUCCUGAGAAGAUCCAAUCUAAUCAGAUCGAGGAUAACACACUUACAGAUGUUGUCAUGGAGAAACUAAAUUCAAUUAAGGGCCAUGUUGUUUCCUUUCCUUUGGACUUCAUGUGCCAGGAGGAUUUGAGACCGUUAAUCAUCGAAAGCGAGUUCUACGUGGCUCCUCAAGUUUUUUAUUAGGUGUAGCCUUGUGGGCAUUCCUAUGCCCCCCAUCUCGAUUUGCUAUCGGCAGUGUACAUGCUGUGGCUUGUGCCUUGUUGACAAUUUGGCACGAUACGAUCGACUGCCCACCUUUAUGGAUCACCCAUUCAUGUACCACUAGCCAUCAACACAGCACAGUCGGCAUAACCAUUGUACAGAAUCCCUCUCCAUGUAUCAGCAAACCAUCGGCAUGCAUCAAAGUCGGCGCACGCCACACGCCCCCUGUACAGAGUUCCUUUCAUGCACCACUCAUCAGCAUGCAAGACGGUUGGAGAGCACGAACCAACGUGCCUGCUGCGCCCAUUGGCACGACAAUCUUUGUUUACUCGAUUCUUUGAACUGUAUAUGUAUAUUUUUUAUUCUAAAUUGUUUAUAUUGCAGGGGUCAUUCAACUUGUAUAUAUACACACACACCUUCGAUUCGAGUAUGGCAGAGAAACAGAAAAGAAAAGUAUUAGGCCUUGCAGGAAUGAGAAGCGUAACAAAGCAGAUAUAGCAAAUACAGCUUAUUUGCUUGUCAAAAUUAGGCCAUAAUGGAAAUUAAUUCAUUUUUUCUGUAAGAAUGUCAUUAGCUGGUGCAUCAUUUUAUUCCUGAAUCUUAUGUUCUAUAGUAUACGUCUGAUAAUGUUAGAUAGUAUAGUAUGGUAACUUGGGUUCCAUGUUACUGAGAGAGUUUUUCCCUAUUUAAGUGUUUUUUUUUUUUUU